UUUUAAGGAUUAAAUAUCAAAAAUUAAGAUGUCAAAUCUUAAAAGGAUAAUAUAAUUUAAUUGAAAUCUAUAUAAUUAAUUUUGAAAAAAUGAGUAAUUUGAACGAUAAAGAAAUCAAUGUUUUACCGAUUAAAAGAGUAAAGGAUCAUAAACUUCGACGCAAUCAUGAAGAGACGAAUCCAUGUGUAAAGGAACAGAAUUUAUCUUUAAAAUGCUUGGAUGAUAACUAUUAUGUUCACGAUGCUUGCAAAGCGUACUUCGAAAAUUAUCGUAAUUGUCAAGGCUUUUGGCAAAAAGUAGUAGCUGAUCGUAGAAGAAACAAUGUUAAACCUUAUCUUCCGAUUCCAGAAGAUCGAGAAAGUGUAAAGAACGAAUACAUUAAAUUAGGUUUUAAAUAGUUUAACAAAUUAUAUAUGCAUGCAUUUGCAUAUAUUUUAACAAUAACGUUUCAGUGAUAAUUCAUUUAAAUAUUACUUCAGUAUGAUCUAAUGACUAGGAAACCUAACUUUUAUUCAUUUAAAUUUUACCAAUUUUCAUCGAGUUUUGACGCAUAUAAAAAUAUAUUAAUUUAGAAUAAAUUUAUACCAUUAAAGAAAGAAUGACAAAUUAUGUUAUAUUAUCAUUGUAAUAAAUUGUAUAUAAAAAUGUAA